UUCGCUUGCUUGUGCACCUCCUUUGCAACUAUGACUGACAAACCUGAUAUGGCUGAGAUUGAGAAAUUUUAUAAGUCGAAACUGAAGAAGACAGAAAUGCAAGAGAAAAAUCCACUGCCUUCAAAAGAAACGAUUGAACAGGAGAAGCAAGCAGGCAAAUCGUGAUGAGGCAUGCGCCACCAGUAUGCACUGCACAUUCCACAAGCAUUGCUUUCUUAUUUUACUUCUUUUAGCUGUUUAACUCUGUAAGAUGCAGGGAGGUUGGAUCAAGUUUAAAUGACUGUGCUGCCCCUUGCCACAUUGAGAACUACUGACAAACAAAGCUGCCUACCUCUCCCAUCUGCUUGUCUGACUGGCAGCAAAGGAAAAGAACUUGCAUGUUGGUGAAGGAAGAAGCUGGGUGGGAGGACCAGAGAAAUCUAAAAACCAAGCUGGCUCAAGGUGUCCUACAGUCUGUAAAAUGCAGUUUAAUCAGAGUGCCAUUUUUUUUGUUCAAAUGAUUUUAAUUAUUGUAAUGCACAUUUUUUUUUUAGUAUGCGAAUAAAAAGUUUUAAAACCUGGAAAAAAAAA